CAACAAAGGUGUACGGUAGCUAGCUGCUUGCUUGCUUCACCUCGACCGUCAACAAAACCUCACACACUCACCAACAACCUCAACACCUGCCCACAAUGGGUCUCUUCAACAAGAGGAAUACGGCUGCCCCUGCUGACACAACUACUGCUACUGGCACCCACCACCGCGAGAAGAAGGCCGGCAUGUUCGCCAACAAGCACGAUGGCGGCGCACGAGCUUGGAACUCGCGCCCUACCUUCGGUGCAUGGAUCAAGGCUACUGCUCUCGAUAUUGUCACCAUGGCUGUUCUAGGAGCUAUUGGAUUGGGUGUUUACUUCGCUGAUCCGGCACCGAGCCGCAGCUUCCCUGUCACCUUCGCUGAUGGAGAAAUCGUCUACCCUGAGUUUGCAUACCCUCUUCGCAACGAGAUCGUUCCCAUCUGGGCAGCUGCUCUUAUGGCUUUCUUCAUUCCCUUCGCUGUCUUCCUCAUCUGCCAGAUCAGAGUCCGCUCGUUCUGGGAUGUCAACAACGCAACCAUUGGUCUGCUCUACGCCCUGAUCGUUGCGGCCGUCUUCCAGGUUUUCAUCAAGUGGUUGAUCGGAGGCUUCCGCCCUCACUUCCUCGCCGUUUGCAAGCCUGUCAUCCCAGCCAACCUCGCCUUCGACACCGACACCUUCGAAUCCGCUGGCCCGACCGGAACCAACGUCGCCAACGGCUACCGCUCCAUCAUGUUCGACCGCAGCAUCUGCACGGGCGACAAGAAGGAAAUCAACGACUCUCUCGAGUCCAUGCCCUCCGGCCACACCACCGCUGCCUUCGCCGGCUUCGUCUUUCUGUACCUCUACCUCAACGCCAAGCUCAAGGUCUUCGCCAACUACCACCCCGCCAUGUGGAAGCUCGUCGCCAUCUACGCGCCCCUGCUUGGUGCCUGCCUGAUCGGCGGCGCCCUGACCAUCGACGAGUACCACAACUGGUACGACAUCCUUGCCGGCGCCGUCAUUGGUACGCUCAUGGCGUUCAGCAGUUACCGCAUGGUCUACGCCUCGGUGUGGGACUUCCGCUUCAACCACGUUCCCGUGCUGCGCCACGCUCCGUUUGUCUACGGCGCUGGACCCAGCACUUUCGAUGGUUUCCACGAUGCUGUCUGGACGCGCAAGGCUGGCUGGGGCUCGCACGAUGGAAGUGCCUGGGCUGGUGCGCCAUUUGAUGCUGCGGAUGGCCCUAGGGGCACUAUGCAGCCUCAGGCCGAGGGUCCCAUGGGCGCUGGUGCGGGUGCAGCUACUGGCCACCACAUGCAGAGGAAGCCUGUUGGUGGUAGCAGGCUGAGCCAUGAACAUGGGGUUCGUGGUGAGCAGAUGGUCUAAGAUGUCCGUUGCUCUUGCUCGACUGGGUUUCGACGUGAACGAGAGUCUAUGGUGAUGAUGAUAAGCUAGC